AUGCCGACCAAGGAGGAAUUAGACAAAAGGCAGCAAUUUCUCGAGGCAAAGCAUGCGGAACAAGAGAGUUUUAAGGAAAAACUCAUAGAGCAGCAAAAACUCCUACAAAAUCAACAGAAGGAAAGAACGACGGCAAUUCGAAGCCUCAAGGCCGAGCGCUCGAACUACGACAAUAACACCGACAGACCAGACGACAAAAUCAAGGAUGGAUUUAUAACUGGUCUGAAAAGUGGACCUGUGUUGGACAAGGUGUUCGAACAGAGUCCAACCGCUACGCUAGAUGAAAUUCUCGAAGUGGCGAGAACGAAAGAGGCAUCGCUGGCGAUAUCAUCGAGAUCAAGUGCAUCGGAGUUACACAAGAUCCAGUCGAGGAGUCCGAAGGAGCGAACGAGUAAAAACAUCUCAGACAACAAGAAGUCAACGGAAGAGCGCCUAACAAGACACCCGGCAUCGAGAUCUUCGAACAGUCGAGCCAAGGAGGCUGACUCCGAAUCGUCCUGCAACCACUGCGGCGGCGUGCGUCAUAAUUAUAAAACAUGCAAGUACAAAGAAUAUCGGUGCAAGAUUUGUAAAAAGAUUGGCCAUUUGGCAAAAAUAUGUCGCGAAAACGUCAGAUCGCAUAAUUUUAUCGAGGUCGAGUCAGAAGAAUCGUUCGAAAUCUCCGAUAUGUUGAAUCUCGAGAUAGACAAUAGCGAAACGACACACGAAUUAAUAGAGUUAAUGGUUGAAGACAGUAAAAUUAAAUUUGAAAUUGAUUCCGGGGCUGGUAGAUCAAUAAUUCCAGAGAAAAUUUACAAACAAUUCCUUAAUCGCUGCGUUUUAGAAAAGACAUCAGCUCGUUUGAAAAUGUACGAUGGUACAGUACUAGUUCCAAGUGGUCAAAUAAACGUGAGAAUAAGUAAUAAAAAAUGCAAGGUGCAAAGUCAAUUAAUAGUCGUAAAAGAAGGCUGCAGACCACUUUUGGGCAGAGAUCUAAUGAAACCAUUGGGUUUUUAUAUCGCAUCGAUAAAUUGCAUUUCGACUGAGUCUGAAGUCAAAGAAAUAAUCAAACAAUAUACCGAACUUUUCGACGGAAAAUUAGGAAAGUACAAAUACGAGAAAAUCAAGAUCAAACUCCAACAAGACGUAGCGCCAAAAUUUUUCAAACCGAGGCCAGUGCCUCUAGCUAUGAAAAAACAACUCGAGGAAGAACUAAAAAGACUAGAAAAUGAGGGAGUAAUUUCACUAAAAAGCGUAAAUGCAUGGGGAACUCCUCUAGUACCGAUCCUGAAACCGGAUGGUAAAAUUCGAGUGUGUGCUGAUUAUAAAUUGACGGUCAACCAACAUAUCGAGGACAUUAGACAUCCAUUCCCCCGAAUCGAGGAGAUUUUUGCCGCAUUAAGCGGCGGGGAAAAGUUUACUAAAUUGGAUAUGUCGUCAGCUUAUAAUCAGCUUGAACUUACCGAAGAUUCAAAAGAAAUUUUGGCAUGGAGCACACACCGAGGCGUUUAUGCAAUAAAUAGAUUGCCGUUCGGUAUCAAAUCAGCUUGUGCGAUUUUCCAAAAAACGAUCGAAAAGAUACUGCAAGGAGCAAAAGGCGUAGUCUCGUUUCUUGACGAUAUUAUAAUUACAGGUAAAAAUCGCGAUGAACAUUUGCAAAAUUUGAAAGAAACUUUUGAACGUCUUUCGAAAGCAGGUUUAAAAUUAAAUAAAGAAAAAUGCGUUUUCUUUCAGUCCGAAGUGCGUUAUUUGGGGCAUAUUUUAAACAAAGAUGGGUUAAAGAAAAAUCCUGAAAAAGUUGAAGCGAUUAUAAAUGCUCCAAAACCAACAAAUAUCAAAGAAUUGCAGGCUUUCAUUGGAAUGGUCAAUUAUUAUGCAAAAUUCGUGCCGAAAUUCGCGGACAUAAUUUCGCCUCUUUAUAAUAUACUAAAAAACAAGGAGUUUAAAUGGUCAAGAGAAGGCGAACUUGCGUUCAAUGAAAUUAAAAAGAAAAUGUCAGGCGAAUGUUUUUUGACCCAUUUCGACCCAAACCUGCCAAUUAAAUUGUCAUGUGACGCCUCAAACGUGGGAAUUGGCGCAGUGUUAUCGCAUAUUCUUCCUGAUGGAGCAGAAAAGCCCAUAGCUUUUGCAUCGAGAGUCUUGAGAGACUCAGAGAAAAAUUAUUCCGCUAUUCAUCGUGAGGCGUUGGCAAUUUAUUGGGCCGCGAACAAGUUUUUUCAAUAUUUGAUCGGGAACGAAUUUUUGCUAUAUUCCGAUCACAAACCGCUACAAGCCCUAUUCGGGGAGAAUAAAGGAUUGCCACAGUUGGCCGCCGGUAGGCUCCAACGGUGGGCACUAUUCUUGAGUGGUUUAAAUUACAAAUUCGCGUACGUGAAAGGCACAGAAAACGGCGGAGCCGAUGGGUUAUCGCGACUCCCACUGCAAGUUGAGAAAAACGUAAAUAACACAGAUUUCGAUUAUUUUCACUUUGUUGUCGAAGAUCACGUGCCAGUCUCAGCCGAUCAAAUUCGCAGAGAAACAAACCGUGAUGUUGUUUUGAGUAAAGUAUUACUGUAUACAAGAAACGGCUGGCCUGAAAGCAUUAACGACAACGAAUUGAAACCAUAUGCUUAUAGAGCAAACGAAUGUUAUAUCGAAAAUGGAAUCGUGAUGUGGGGUUAUAGAGCUAUAAUACCGAAAAAGUUAUGGCCGAUUUUCUUAGCGGAAAUUCAUAGCACGCAUAUUGGCAUGGCCAAAAUGAAAAUGUUAGCGAGACAAUAUUUUUGGUGGCCUAAUCUCGACAAAAACAUCGAAGAGUAUGUAAAAAAUUGUAAUGCCUGUAUGUCGACGGCGAAGGCACCGCCGAAAGCAGCGCUGAUCAAAUUUCGCGAGGCAGAAGCACCCUACGAGAGAGUUCAUAUAGAUUUUUUGGGGCCCUUUCAUGGAAAAAGUUAUUUAUUGAUCAUCGAUGCGUAUUCAAAAUGGCCAGAAAUUUUCGAAAUGAACAAGACAGAUUCUAAUAAUACAAUCGAAAAGCUAAGGGAAUGCUUCGCGAGAUUUGGCCUGCGGCAAAUAAUUUUUUCGGACAAUGGUCGACAAUUUACAUCUGAUGAAUGUGCAAAAUUUUGCGAACUAAACGGCAUUCUUCACCGAACGUCGGCGCCGUAUCAUCCGUCGACAAACGGACAAGCCGAAAAUGCGAUAGGUACAUUUAAACGAAGCAUCACGAAAACUUUAAACGAAUGCGACAGCAGAAUUAAAAUGACGACUAUAAUAAGUAGAUAUUUGUUAACGUAUAGGAACAUUCCACAUUGUACGACCGGGGAAACCCCCGCGAAAUUAUUAUUAGGAUACAACGUCAGAACGCGUUUGGGAUUUUUGAACAAAACGAUAUCGCAAAAAAUGAGAGAAAAACAAAUUAGACAUUUUGGAGGCAAACGAGAGAUCGAGUUUAAAAAAGGGGAAAUAGUAUAUGCCCGUUGUUACAAGAAUCCAAGUAAACCGACGUGGCGAAGGGCUGUGGUCAAAGAAAAGUUGGGAGAAAGAAAUUAUUUAUGUAAUACUGAAGAGGAAAAUGUGGAAUGGAAGAGGCACGUAGAUCAAUUAAAGAAAAGUGGUACUUUUUACGAAAACGAACUUUCAGAACCUAGUUCCGAACAUCGGGUAUCAGCUCAAUCGAGAACGGACCACCGGGUGUUAGAAGAGUGCGAAGAAAAAACGCAAAAUUCCGGGGAAAUGUCUGGCGAAUUAAUCGCGAACGGAGAACCCGAAGGAAAAAAUGAUCAAGGAUCGAAAGACAGUUUGUGCGAGGAAAAUCAGGCGCAGUUAAAUGCUCCGAAUGUCGAGAUAAGUCGAAAUACAUUGAAAAAUGACACGUUAAUCUCAGCGUCGAAUAAAGAUGUUAAACGCGACGAGAGCCUAAACGUGAAUAGUAGACCAAAACGGGUAGUCAAACCUAUAAAACGCUUGAACUUGUAA